GCCAGGAAGAGGCCGGAGCGGAGCGCGCUGCAGCUCGGCCCGGCGGAGCCCCGCCGGCUCCAGUAAUCCACCCGAGGCGGCACUCGGACCCAUCCCUGGGGAGCAGCGCGCCCCGGAGUGCACCGCAGGGCGCCGGAGGUAGAGAUGCACCAGGGGGCAAGAGACAUGGUGCCAUGGCCUCGCGGCUCCUGCACCGGCUGCGGCACGCCCUGGCCGGCGACGGCCCAGGGGAGGCGGCAGCGGGCACCGAGGGCGAGCAGUUCCCGGAGAGCUCGGAGCUAGAGGACGACGACGCCGAGGGCCUGUCCUCCCGCCUGAGCGGCACCCUUAGCUUCAACAGCGCCGAGGACGAGGACGACGAGGACGAUGAGGACGACGAGGCGACUGGCCCCGACCCGCUGCCCCCUGUGGACGGGGCGUCGGGAGAGGCUGCAGAGCGGAACCCCUCACCUGACGCACAGCGGGGCAGUCAGCUCCUGACACGGCAACUGCAGGAUUUCUGGAAGAAGUCCCGGAACACCCUGGUUCCGCAGCGGCUGCUCUUUGAGGUGACCAGCGCCAACGUGGUCAAGGAACCCCCCUCCAAGUACGUGCUCUACACCAUCGCCGUGACGGGGCCUGGGCCACCGGAUCGCCAGCAGGCCCAGAUCUCUCGCCGAUACUCGGACUUUGAGCGGCUGCACCGAAACUUGCAGCGGCAGUUCCGGGGCCCCAUGGCCGCCAUCUCCUUCCCCCGGAAGCGCCUGCGCCGGAACUUCACCGCAGAGACCAUCGCCCGCCGCAGCCGGGCCUUCGAGCAGUUUUUGAGCCACCUGCAGGCAGUCCCCGAGCUGCGCCAGGCCCCAGACCUGCAGGACUUCUUCGUGUUGCCCGAGCUGCGGCGAGCACAGAGCCUCACUUGCACGGGCCUCUAUCGUGAGGCUCUGGCACUCUGGGCCAAUGCCUGGCAGCUGCAGGCCCAUCUGGACACCCCGUCCAGCCCCGAUCGCCCUCUGCUGACCCUGGCUGGGCUGGCUGUGUGCCACCAGGAACUGGAGGACCCUGGGGAGGCCCGGGCGUGCUGCGAGAGAGCUCUUCAGCUGCUGGGGGAGGAGAGCCCCCACCCUUUAUUGGCACCCUUUCUGGAGGCCUAUGUCCGGCUCUCCUGGCGCCUGGGGCUGGACAAACGCCAGUCAGAGGCACGGCUCCAGGCCCUGCAGGAGGCGGGCCUGACCCCCACGCCACCCCCCAGUCUCAAAGAAUUGCUAAUCAAGGAGGUACUGGACUAACCUGGCCUAGAUUUCAGGCCACCCUGGGGAGAGGCACUGCCCCCAGGAUGGCAGGGGCGGAGAGACUGAUGAGGACCUAACCGCGGCUGGGAGGCUGUAGGGGUGCUGGGAACCCCUGGAAGUACCACAAAGAAUUUGUGGCAGACCAAGGACACGUGAUUCUUCCGUUGAGCUGGGCUCAGGAAAAGCUCUGGCUGGGGAUGCCUGAGAUGGGGCAGGGAGGGAGUCUGAUGCCCUCCCUUCGGCCUAUGAAGGAUUUGGGGCUGUGCCCCAGGUUGGGGUCAGGGUUCCCCUUGCCUUGGGCCUUCCCAGCCAGUGAAGCAGCCUGGCCGAAGGGCCAAGGACUCUGCCUCUGGACUCCUGGAGUUGAUGGCUGGAGGGCGCGCUGCAGUGCUGGCCCAGGGGAAUUAAAGGCCAGCAGCUCCGG